AUGAACCUUCUUUUGGUGCUUAUUCUUCUUCUGCACUACGUUGCUGCAGACCCUCCUGCUUCCUCUCCUCAACUUCCUCCUGUUUUCUCUCCGGAAGGGAAGGAGCAGCAUCACCUGCAUAAGAAAGUGCUAAUAGCUAUUGUCGUAGCCACCACUUCACUUGCAGCACUUAUUUUCAGUCUCGUAUGUUUCUGGGUUUAUCACACCAAGUAUCCAACAAAAUCCAAAUCCAAAAAGGUUCAAACUCCUGGUCCAGAUGCAGAGAAGGGGAUCACCUUAGCACCGUUUCUGAGUAAAUUCAGUUCCAUCAAGAUUGUUGGUAUGAAGGAGUCUGUGCCGAUAGUUGAUUAUAAGCAAAUAGAAAAAACGACCAAUAAUUUUCAGGAAAGUAACAUCUUGGGCGAGGGAGGUUUUGGAUGUGUUUACAAGGCUCGCUUGGAUCAUAACCUGGAUGUUGCAGUUAAAAAACUACACUGUGAGACUCAAUAUGCGGAGAGAGAAUUCGAGAACGAGGUGAAUUUGUUAAGUAAAAUUCAGCAUCCGAACAUAAUUUCCUUACUGGGUUGCAGCAUUGAUGGUGUCACGAGGUUUAUUGUUUAUGAGUUGAUGCAAAAUGGAUCAUUGGAAGCUCAAUUACAUGGACCUACUCAUGGCUCGGCAUUGACUUGGCACAUGAGGAUGAAGAUUGCUCUUGACACAGCUAGAGGACUAGAAUAUCUGCAUGAGCACUGCUACCCUGCAGUGAUCCAUAGGGAUAUGAAAUCUUCCAAUAUUCUCUUAGAUGCAAACUUCAAUGCAAAGCUGUCUGAUUUUGGUCUAGCCAUAACUGAUGGGUCCCAAAGCAAGAAGAGCAUUAAACUAUCGGGUACCUUAGGAUACGUAGCACCGGAGUAUCUUCUAGAUGGUAAAUUAAGUGACAAAAGUGAUGUGUACGCUUUUGGGGUUGUGCUAUUGGAGCUCCUGUUAGGAAGGAAGCCGGUGGAAAAACUGGCACCGACUCAAUGCCAGUCUAUUGUCACAUGGGCCAUGCCACAGCUCACGGACAGAUCCAAGCUUCCAAACAUUGUGGAUCCAGUGAUUAAGAAUACAAUGGAUCCCAAGCACUUGUACCAGGUUGCUGCUGUAGCUGUGCUGUGCGUGCAACCAGAACCUAGUUAUCGUCCACUGAUCACAGAUGUUCUUCACUCGCUUAUCCCCCUUGUUCCCAUUGAGCUUGGAGGAACACUGAGAGUUUCACAAGUGAGGCAGCAUGCCACUCUUGCUGUGAAUUCUCGUCAUUGA